AUGAAGACACGAGGAACAGUUGAGCAUAUGAAUAACAGAAGUAAAAAUCGCUUUAAAGAUGGUCUACCUUUAUUGGAUCCUAUUGAUGACAUGGGAAUUAAAGACGAAGGUCUUAAAUCAAUAGUUCAGAAAAUUGAAGCACUAGAACAUAAACUGUACACUCAUCCGAUGCAAAAAGAUACAGAUCGUGAAUCUCUUUAUCAGUUGUGCGAACAGAAAUCCAAAUUUGAUGAAGAUAUAAAGCAAGCCAAAAAGGAGAUAAAAAAAUGUCGAACAGUUUUACAAAUGGACGAACUAAAGUGCAGAAAAAGAGUUUUACGAAGAUUGGGUUAUUCAACAUCAGCUGACGUUAUUGAGCUUAAAGGAAGAGUAGCGUGCGAAAUUAGCAGUGCUGAUGAACUCGUUUUGACUGAAAUGAUUUUCAAUGGGGUGUUUAAUGAUCUUACUGUUGAACAAUGUACUGCUUUACUUAGUUGUUUUAUUUUUCAAGAAAAGGUAUUACUUUCAGAGAUGCCAAAAAUGAGUGAGCAAUUAUCUGGACCAUUACGGCAACUUCAGGAAACUGCCAGAAGAAUGGUAAAAGUUUCUCAAGAUGCUAAACUUGAUGUCGAAAUUGAAGAUUAUGUCGAGUCAUUUAAACCACAAAUAAUGGAUGUUGUUUACUCAUGGAGUAAAGGCGCUUCAUUCUCACAAAUUUGUAAAAUGACAGAUGUUUUUGAAGGAAGUGUAAUUCGUUGUAUGAGACGAUUGGAAGAACUUCUUAGGGCCUGUUUAUAUGGAGCCGAACAGAUGUGUCAAGCUGCUAAAGCAAUUGGAAACACUGAAUUAGAAAAUAAAUUUGCUGAAGGGAUAACGAAGAUCAAAAGGGACAUUGUAUUUGCUACCAGCUUGUAUCUGUAAUAGGCAGUGAAACUAAACGAGCAGAGAUUUUAAGAAAGGAUUGAGGUGUCACAUGGAGUUAACAAGAUGAAGCCCCUGUAAAUGUUUCAUUAUACGGGAUAUCUUAUGGAGAUUGAUUGAUCACCAAUGUUUGUAUAAAUUGUGGAUUAUAACAAUGGAUGUAGAGAGAUACAAAAUGAUAAUGAACCAAUAAUGGUCUUUUAUAUUUAAAAAACUUGAAUUCCUGGACAGAAAAGACGGAGUGAAUUGUAUAAUGUACAUGAUAUACAAACUUCGCGUUUUUCAUAAGUAAACCAAAAUUUUUAUGCGUUAUAAUUAAUGUGUUUUGACUGAGUCAGUCAUUCGUUGUAACCACAUAAAUCGUUGAUUUCCUCAAUUACGAUGUUUCAUUUUGCAAAUUGAUGUGGUGUGAAUUCCCAGGAGCAGA